AUGGACUUGGGUGUGUUGCUCCUCCUCCUUCAUGGCGUGUUUGCACGAUGUCAGAUCAUCGAAGGUCCAGCUCCCGAGAUCGAAUUGGAAAUCAGGAUGACUGACGCAGUGAGAGAUGCAUUCUCUGCCCUCUUUGACGAGACCUUCAUGCAGCAGAUGGUUGACUGCCAGCAGCUGGCCGGAGACAACUGCGACGUUACUGGUCUGGCAGAGUACAUGAUCGAGGUCGGGGCCAGACUACAGAAUUCAAUCUCGCAGUGCCCGAUGGGGUGCUCACACUCUCAGCAGCUAUGCAAGGACUUUUGGCUCGCCUUCGAGUCAAACCCGGUGGCUUUACGCAAUGGUUGCGCCAUGACCAAUAACUGGCCUGGCGUUUGCACCACGUUUCUGCGGGAGCUCCAGAAGAGAGUUGCUGACGAUACAUGGGAGCUCUCAGUGAUGUGCCGCAUGAUUGAUGCGGGGCUAAACCUGGAGCGCAUGCCUGACUGCAAGACCCUUGCGGUAAUGACCACGGCGAGCAGACCAACUUUGCAUGAUGGUGGCUGCAGCUUCGAGACUCGCGAGGAAUGCAUUAGCAACCUCUGUGACGUCUACAGCCAGUUUGCGUGGCGCAUGCGCCCGAGAAACCUAAUCCCAGAGCAGGUUAAAGUUCCCUUUGAUUACAGCUAUAUUCUCUCUGGCUGCGAGCACCUGGUGGACCUGGACAUGUACAAUCGCCGUGACGAGUGCCAUGACCGCCUGGAUAUCCUGGCUUUCUGUGACUGUCUCUGUCCAGGCAUGAGCUUGGUGAAUGUGCUGGGAAUCACGGAUUGCCCCGCGGUCGUGGACAACUACCUCAUGUUUGGCAGGCUCGGAAUCGCAAACACGUCCUUUGACGCUUUGUGCGAGCCGGAGAUCUGCGAAGCCUUCAGCUCCCGGCGGCUUACGGCUGCUUGUAGGGAUACAAGACUUCCUGGAGACGACGAGUGCUUAGCACUGCAGCUGCCGAAGGUGCUGCCGCAGAACUCGCCAUGCCCAUGGCUGAAUCAUUCCAAUGAAGAGAACAUUCUGGAAUGUUUAGAUGGCCAUCGCUGUGACAUUGACGCAGAGGGGUGGUACUGCUGCGAGAAUCACCGUGGACGUGCCAAAUGUCCGGCGCAAUUCCCUGUCAUGUGCGACACUCUUUGCUCGGGCAUCACGGAGUACUGCUGCCGCGAGGAGGGACAGUGCACGCCACGAGGUUGCCCCGUUGUUCUUCAGCGCGAUUUGGUCUACAGAGUGGAGACGACGACCGAGACAAGCACCACCCCUGAAGGGCGGGCGGCUGUCGAGGAGGAAGGCUUCAACUUGCGUUUGCCGGAAGGAAGCUGGGUCUGGUUGCUGCUGCUCGUUCCAUGCUCCUGCGGCCUUGUGUUGGUUGUGUACGUGCGACGUCUGAACAAGAAGUUCGAGUCCGAACAAGUGGGCGAGGGUGAGACAGACCUGGGCCUAAAGCUCGACAAGUUUGGCUUCUUCCAUGCCUACAAAGCCGAAAAUGUAGAAAGGGAAACAAACAAGCCCCGCGUGUGCAUCAUCAUGAGCGAACUGCCGGACUCACGGCCUUUGGGCCUGGAGCUGCUGGAGCUUCGGGUCGUUCGGGUACACCCUUGGGGUGCUAAGCAUGGUUGGCAGGUCGGCGACAUCAUUGUUGACAUUGCCGGACAACCCGUCAGCUCCUUCGAACAGCUUUGGGAGCGUAUCCAGGUAGAAAGAAACCGCCCGCCGGUGAGAUUCACAGUGGAGCGCUGGAAUGUGCAGACAACUGCGGAGGAGGAGGCGGCGCUGAACCUCCAGGAUCCCGACUUGCAGAUCAAAAUGAUGAAGAAGCAAGUAGAAGAGGAUCAUCGGCUGUUUGCCGAGCACAGGUCGAAGUCGAGAAUUGCGGCCAGCAGCAAGCAGAUCCCUCCCAGCGCGACGCCACGCCCCGAUCGUGAGCAAGGAGCUUUCACAUCCAUGUCAGCAAAUGAUCCUGCCAGGGUCGACACGGCUGCCUUUCCAAGAACUCUGGGUCCAAAUGUCCAGGUCUCAGCAUUGCGCAGCUCGAGAUAUCGGCGUGGCAUUGUUAGCCAUUUGGGCUCAUUCGUUCCCUCAUCACACUCUGCACCAAACUGUGAGAAGUGCGUCGCCCGGACCGUGCCCAUGGAUCCGCCUCGGGUUGCAUGGCCCCUGGCCUCGCGCGAGUAUGCCCUCACUCGCGGUAGCAGCACGGCCGCGCAGUAG